AUGGCAACAUCAUCACCAGCAGCGCGGGGUUUCCCUUCCAUCAAAGCCAUCCGCACCUAUGUAGUUGACGGUGUUGGAUCAGGAGGAGACUACCACAAUGUCAAGGGAGGUCAUUGGUUGAUCGAUACGUCUAUCUCAACCCCAAUGUCGAGGUGGGAGAACUACCGAGCAUCGAGAACAAGUUGGGGCAUCAACGUAUUGGGUUCUUUCUGCGUGGAGAUUGAGGGUUCAGAUGGCACAGUCGGCUUUGCAACUGGCUUUGGAGGUACUGCUCACUCUCCAGAAGCUAGAUAUCUUGGUCCUCCAGCAUGCUGGCUCGUUCACCAACACUUCGAACGAUUCCUCAUUGGCGCCGACCCUCGUGAUACAAACCAUUUAUUUGAGCAGAUGUACAGAGGUUCCAUGUUCUAUGGUCGCAAGGGACUUCCAGUUGCUGUCAUCUCAGUGAUUGACCUUGCUCUUUGGGAUUUAUUGGGAAAGAUCAGGAACGAGCCUGUGUACAAGCUUAUCGGAGGUGCCACAAGAGACAAGCUGGACUUCUACUGCACUGGCCCAGAGCCAACGGCCGCAAAAGCUAUGGGCUUUUGGGGUGCCAAAGUUCCAUUGCCAUACUGCCCGGAAGAAGGACACAAAGGCCUCAGGAAGAAUGUCGAGUUCCUACGCAAGCAUAGAGAAAGUGUCGGUCCCGACUUUCCAAUUAUGGUCGACUGCUACAUGAGUCUCAACGUCUCAUAUACCAUCGAGCUUGCUACGGCUUGUCUGGAUCUCAACAUCAACUGGUGGGAGGAGUGCUUGUCUCCUGAUGACACAGAUGGAUUUGCGCAGAUCAAGCAAGCUCAUCCUCAACUGAAAUUCACUACUGGGGAGCACGAAUAUUCGAGAUACGGAUUCCGAAAGCUCAUCGAGGGACGGAACCUUGACAUCAUCCAACCCGAUGUUAUGUGGCUUGGUGGCAUGACUGAACUGUUGAAAGUAGCAGCCAUGGCAUCUGCUUACGACAUUCCAGUUGUUCCCCAUGCCAGCGGCCCGUACAGCUAUCAUUUUGUUGUAUCCCAAACCAACUGUCCUUUCCAAGAAUACCUUGCCAACUCACCUGAUGGAAAGAGUGUGUUGCCUGUCUUUGGAGAUUUGUUCUUAGACGAGCCCAUCCCACUAAAGGGUUAUUUGCAUGUCUCCCAACUUGACAAGCCGGGCUUUGGCUUGACGCUAAACCCAGCAGCUAAGUUGAUUCCAGCGCAAUAUCUUUUGACUCCGAAUCCUGAAAGACCACUGGGUCGACCGCGCGGCGCCGGUGGAACCAAAGAAGACAGAAGAAGAUAA